UUGAACUCUCCCAGAUGUAUUAGUAGGCACUGACGUGUCAGGAAUGAGACGAAGUAGAGAAACGACCUUACUUGCAUCAGACAACAGAUAUGGACAUCUCCGCAAGUGAGACAACAGAGUUCUCGCCAACUUGGGACGUCAAGUUGAACUGGCACGACAGAGUAGUGCUUUGGGUGCUUCGCCAGGGAAUAAUACCACGGCAUGAUGCAAUCGCGCCUGACGGUAACCGGCGCUUCGCCAAGAAAAACGGACUGAACCUGAGCCAAGUUUACGCUAUCUUGCUUCAAUACAUUGCACAGACAUGGCACCAUAUGUCAGCCCUGGGCGUCACCGAGGUCUCUGGCUUCCUGCUCCAUGCUCGUAACUUUAGCCGUAACACCACUGAAAUUGGCGCUGUUCUGAAUGAGCCCAAGAGAUUCUUCGUCAAAUCUCUUCAUUCUUUGUAA